AUGGUAGCUGCAAAGUUGAAGACAGAGAAGAGUCCCGUCAAGAGGAGGGAUCCUCUGCCGCACGACACAAAGUGCUUGACUAUCGAUGAGCUUCAGAAGCUCGCUGCGGAGAAUAUGGACAAGCAAACCCGCGAUUAUUACAACGAAGGCGCGGACAAGGGCACCACCCUCCGCGAAAACCUCGACGCUUUCCAGAAGUACCGUAUCCGCCCGCGCGUCCUCCGCGACGUCUCCCAAUGCGAUCCUUCGAUCGAACUCUUCGGGAAGUCCAUUCCCUUCCCGUGCGCGAUAGCCCCGACAGCUAUGCAGAAGCUUGCGCACCCCGAAGGUGAGGUCGCCACCUCGAAGGCGGCGGCAAAGUUUGGGACUGUGAUGGGGUUGAGUAGUUUUUCGACUACGACAUUGGAGGAGGUUGCUGAGCAUCGUGGAGAGAACGACAAUGUGCUUCAGUUGUACGUAUUCGAGGAGAGGCACCACACGGAGAAGUUGUUGAAGAGAGCCAAGAAGGCGGGAUACAAGGCCGUCUUCCUCACCGUCGACACCCCCGUCCUCGGCCGCAGAAAUUGCGAUAUCCGGAACCAAUUCACGCUCCCCCCACACCUCCAAAUCGCCAACUUCCCCGACGAGAACGGGAACUCCUCCUCCGCCGACCCCCCAACCUCCAAGAAAGCCUCCGUCCGAUUCCACACCCACGCCGCAAACCCAACCCUAAGCUGGGAAAAGGAUAUCGAGUGGCUAAAGGAACAAUGUCAUCCGGAGAUGGAGGUAUGGAUCAAGGGUGUCGCGACAGCCGAAGACACCGAGCUCGCGAUCAAACACGGCGUUGAUGGCGUCGUAGUCUCCAACCACGGCGGCCGCCAACUCGACGGCGCAAUGGCAACCCUCGACGCCCUCCCCGACGUAGCCCGCGCCGCCCGCGGCAGAAUCCCCGUCCACGUCGACGGCGGUAUCCGUCACGGCACCGAUAUCUUCAAAGCCAUCGCACUCGGUGCAGACUGUGUCUGGAUUGGACGACCAGUGUUGUGGGGCCUGAGCUAUAAGGGACAAGAAGGCGUGGAGCGGUGUUUGAGUUUGUUGUAUGAUGAGUUUUUGUUGUGUAUGGGGUUGGCGGGGGUUAAGAGCGUGAAGGAGAUUACGAAGGAGUAUUUGGUGAGGAUUGAUGGGUUGAAUUUGUCGAGAUUGUAG